CCUAGACUUGCAGCUUCCUUCGCAGACGCCGCCACACAGUUUUGUCUUCCACCCAGCACAGCGCUCAAGUCCGUUAGCUAGGCCGGAAGUGGAGACCCGAGGGCCCGGCUGGCGGAGCCGGAAGUGCGCUAGCGAGGCGCAUACUGGCCGGAAGCCGAGCCCCGGACACGCCCACCUGCCGUUGGCUUCGCAGGUGUACUUCAGACAGCUUUGCACUUUGACGGCGUCGCCGAAGAGGCGGCCUGACCACCGUGGGGUCCAGGCGGAGGCCGAGGGCCGAGUCGGCAUGGCGGAGGGCGGGAGCCCCGAAGGGCGGGCCGGCCCGAGGGCCGCAGGUCCUAAUCUGAAGGAGUGGCUGAGAGAACAGUUCUGUGAUCAUCCACUAGAGCACUGUGAAGAUACAAGGCUCCAUGAUGCAGCCUAUGUAGGGGACCUCCAGACCCUCAGGAAUCUACUGCAAGAGGAGAGCUACCGGAGCCGCAUCAAUGAAAAGUCUGUCUGGUGCUGUGGCUGGCUCCCCUGUACACCACUGAGAAUCGCAGCCACUGCAGGCCAUGGGAACUGUGUGGACUUCCUCAUACGCAAAGGAGCCGAGGUGGACCUAGUGGAUGUCAAGGGGCAGACUGCCCUGUAUGUGGCUGUAGUGAAUGGGCACCUGGAGAGCACUGAGAUCCUUUUAGAAGCUGGUGCUGACCCCAACGGCAGCCGGCACCACCGCAGCACUCCUGUCUACCAUGCCUCUCGCGUGGGUAGGGAUGACAUCCUGAAGGCUCUUAUCAGGUAUGGGGCGGAUGUUGAUGUCAACCCUCACCUGACUCCUGACACCCAGACCCUUUUCACAAGGCGGCUUACCUCCUUGGUGGUCUGUCCUCUAUACAUCAGUGCUGCCUAUCAUAACCUUCAGUGUUUCAGGCUCCUUCUGAAGGCUGGGGCAAAUCCUGACUUCAAUUGCAAUGGUCCUGUCAACACACAGAAAUUCUACAGGGGCUCCCCUGGGUGUGUUAUGGAUGCUGUCCUGCGCCAUGGUUGUGAGGCUGCCUUCGUGAGCCUGCUGGUAGACUUUGGAGCCAACCUGAACCUGGUGAAGUGGGAAUCACUGGGCCCAGAGGCAACAGGCAGAAGGAAGAUGGACCCUGAGGCCUUGCAGGUCUUUAAAGAGGCCAGAAGUAUUCCCAGGACCUUGCUGAGUUUGUGCCGUGUGGCUGUGAGAAGAGCUCUUGGCAAAUACCGACUGCAUCUGGUUCCCUCGCUGCCUCUGCCAGACCCUAUAAAGAAAUUUCUGCUUUAUGAGUAGAGUUCAGAUGCAGCAUUGACUGCAGUGAGGAAGCCGAUCAUCUGCAGUGAAAGUUGACUCUUACAUCCUGUGAAACAUGUCCUGCGCUGCCAAUUUGUUCCCUGACUGUCAGUGAAGAAGAAACAGCCAUGUUCUCUUGAAUUGUGAUUCUGUCUCAGGUGUUUGGGCCAUCAAACACUCCUUGAGUCACUGUCAACUGAGAGGGGCAUACAAACUUAAUUUUGUUCUUCUUCAAUAUCUGUUCUGGAUUUUUACUGUUACAUAUUAAUGAAAUGGGUUGUGAAAUGUGUGCAGUAUGGGUUGAACCUGCAAGCCUCGUGGUAGCCCUAGUGGGGAAAGCGUGUAUUUUCCAAAGGUAUUUAUGUUCUUGCUUUGCAAUUAAUUAUUCUUUUAAGGCUUAAUAUCUAAACAUGAAGAGAGUUUUGAUAAGAAAACAUGUAGGAAACAGACACACAGUCUGUUUUCCUGCCCGGGUUUGUCGGUAUGUGCUGUUAGGUGCGCGUCACUUCUUACUGCUGCAGCAUUCUCUCUUGGAAGUGUCUUCAUUCCAAGACGGUUUCUUGGCCGCAUACACUGCCUGCUGUCUCAGUGCAUGGAGGUCCCAGCACAGUGUCCACAGUGCAGUACCUGUCCUGGCAAAGGUUUUCUGACAGACAUCUCACCCUGGGGAUCUUCAGACAAUGAUUACCUUUAGGAGGCCCACCUACAACUAGCCGGGAAGUGACUGCCCACAUUCAGACCAGGGACCAUCCCAAUAGCACUCACUGCCACUUCUUACAGGAUAAGAUGACACUGGGGUGCUCUAUACAGAUCCUCCCGUACAGAAAAUGGGAACUGUAUGGGCUACCUGGGUGGUUCCAGGCUAAGCAGUUCCUGCUGCUUGGUGCCCACCAGAGGCUGUGUCUCCCUCUUUCUGGUUCAGUGCCUUUGUGGGCAGUCCUAGAGAUCUUUCCCCAUCCUGCCUAGGGUUGUUGGUUAGAGAGAUGACUCAGUGCAGGUGUGAGGGUCAUGGGCAGUUGGAUCAGGAACUACGCAUAGCCUUGAGUAUCCUCGGGUUGCUCCUGUUUGGUGAAAUUGCAU